GGGAGAUGCCGUCACCGGGCGCGCUCACGUCGGCGGCGGAUGACGCCGUUGUGCGCGGCCGGUUGCGUGCGGUUUGUACACAAACAGCGGGCGCCGCUCCUCGGGCCGAUUCCUCCUCGCCCGGUGUGUCCCGCCUCUGAGCGCCUGAGGCCGGCCUCAUUCCCCCCGGAGGUUCCUCAUAUCAGCGCAGCCGCCCCUCCCCCGACCACUGGGCCUAGGCCUAGGACUCCCCACACGCUCCCUCACAGCCUGGGGACUGUCCUACACCCUCAGGCCUUCCAGCAGCUGCGGGGAAGCCGGGUUUUACUUCACCCCCUCUCUCUCUUUUCCCCCCUGUGUCCUGCUUUCACCCGGGGUGCGGGGGGAGGUAAAGCUGCAGCAUGUCCGGAAGCCCCGAGAAGAGCCUGACUGCUCAGGAGCUGAAGGAGCAAGGAAACCGCCUGUUCCUCAGCAGAAAGUAUCAGGAAGCCGCGGCCUCCUACAGCAAGGCUAUUGUCAGGAAGGAACUGAAGCGGAGAGAGUGCCCCUGUUGCUGGUGGAGAUCGAACCGUAACCCAUCUGUGGCUGUGUACUACACAAAUCGUGCCCUGUGUUACGUGAAGAUGCAGCAGUUUGAUAAGGCAGUGGCAGAUUGUAAACAUGCACUGGAGUUGGACAGCCAGUCUGUUAAAGCCCACUUCUUCCUGGGACAAUGCCAACUGGAAAUGGAGAACUAUGAUGAAGCUAUUGGCAACCUGCAGAGAGCUUAUAAUUUAGCAAAAGAACAAAGGCUGAAUUUUGGGGAUGAUAUACCAAGUGCCCUGAGGAUGGCAAAGAAAAAGCGUUGGAACAGCAUUGAAGAUAAAAGAAUUCAACAGGAAAAUGACCUCCACGACUACCUCACCAAACUGAUCCUCUCAGAAAAGGAAAGGGAAGUGGAACAAUGUAAACGGAAACACUAUGAAGAGAACAUGGAUGAUUCCCGAACACGAAUGGAAAUCGCAAAGAUAGAAGCCAGACACGACAAGUACAUGAAUGAAAUGGAUGAUUUAUUCUCCCAGGUGGAUGAAAAGAGAAAGAAACGGGAUAUUCCUGACUACCUAUGUGGAAAAAUCAGUUUUGAGUUGAUGAGGGAGCCAUGCAUCACGCCAAGUGGGAUCACAUACGACAGGAAAGACAUAGAGGAACACCUUCAGCGGGUGGGGCACUUUGAUCCUGUAACGCGAAGCCCUUUGACCCAAGAGCAGUUGAUUCCAAACCUGGCUAUGAAGGAGGUAAUUGAUGCAUUUAUAUCAGAAAAUGGCUGGGUGGAAGAAUACUGAACUGGAUCUAACAGCAUCAGGACUUGCGCAUUUGCACUGCAGCAGCAACUCUGACUUGUACUAACCAGAUGAGUGAGAGUGAGCAAGCCACGGAGUCUGAGCAACAGAGAGAGAGAACGGGGAUGUGCAGGGGACACCUGUGGCUGUACGCCUGACAGGUCACUUACCAUUUUGCUUGUGUUUAAAUUUCUUUACAUGCAUGUAUGUAAAUCUCAUUUGGCACGGAAAAUCUGAACCUUGAACAAUUAUUAAAGUGUUUCUGGCUCUUUAAUAAUGCUUGGUGCAGUUGGAAUAGUCUCUUUCACUUGAUUUUGGUUUUAUCUUUUUUAAUCAUGAGACUAAUUAAGUGAAUUCUGUUCUGUAGUACUUUGAGGUGAGCUUUGAUUGUGAAAUGUUGUACCUGAUUUCUGUAAGUCCCCGACAUUAAGUGUACUUGAGCAGCUUGUAUGCCUGAACAUUUAAGUUUGUUACAUGCACCGUUCAAACUUCAUUCCUUGCUCCUUUCCCACAUCAGAUCUGUUUGCUGCCAUAAUGCUUUGCCUUUCAGUUGGAAUCCGUGGCACAGUUUUCUGUGGGUGCUGUCUGUAUGGUCAUCACCUGGUGUGUCUCAAGAAGACAGUGUAGGAUUGUGCAGUGAAAUUUAUGACUGCUUUCGGUGCUUGUCCUGGGUUUGCUUCUGAUAAGUGGUAUCCACCUACAUGAAGCGAGCAUGAGAUCGAUAUGUAGAAUUCUUUCCUGGAAUUACUCUUGGUUACUGCAGCCAAAUCCAGAUGCAGGCACUAGUUGAGUGGUUUGUUCUUGACUGAAAUUGCUGUGGAUCUGUAACUAGUCACUGUGUGCCUGCAAGAUGUGCCAGCGAUAGCUAAUGUGUCCCAAGGACAGGAUCCAGUGAUAUCAAUUGAUGGUAGCGCCUGUGAUUAUGUUUUGAGAAGUUUUAUUACAAAUAUGCCAUGGAGCAUUUUAGAUCAGUUGUUAAAACAAAAUGCUCAUCUGUACCCACAGUAGAGUGGUGACUAGGAGCAGUUCAGGGUAGCUCAAUCACUCACAACAAAUGUGGAUAAAACGUUUAUGCUCAGUUGCUGAAUAGUAAAGCAGAAACACUUGAAUUUGAGGAAAUGGAAUCUAUUCAACAGACCUUUGGACUUCUCUUCCCUCCCUCUCUCUCAUUCCCGCACCCCCCACACAAGCAUACAAACGUAUUUUUAGAUGGGAAGAUAACUGUUAGUGAAUACUAAAAUUUUUAAUUGUUUUUCUGUGUAUUUUUGUCCUAUCUUAAAGGGGUUACUUAAAAAUAUUAGCCCAGGAGAUCCCAGUCUAUAAUGUCUUUCUAGCAGUAUUUCACAUGGCAAUCUGAGGUUUGAUCAAUUUUAUUUUUAAUACUUUACAGAAAUUCAGAAUCUAUCUGGAUGCAAGUAUUAAAAUAUACACAUUUCUAGGUUGUUACAUCCCUCUUAAAGGGAGUAUUCAUUACCUUAAUAAAAUUAUGUGAUUGGAAUUUUGGUUAUUGUGUAAAUUAUUCACAUUCUAACUGCCAAUAUCUCUUCCCUUUCCUCCUCCACAUUUGAUGGUGGUGAGAUGUCACAGCACAAUAUGGGUUUCUGUCCUGAUGAUAUCUAACUGCACUGAAGGAUUAUUGGGAUGGAGAAUGUUGUUUGAUAUUGCAUCACCCUGGGUGUGUAAUAGCUUGGGAUUUCUACUGCUGCCACUCGGAUUUUGGACACUGAUUAAUACAUAACCAUUGUCUGUCUGAUAUCCCAAUCAGGAACUCAAGGCCAAGAAAUAAGUUUUGCUUUGCGUACCUGCUGUGGGUGAAAUGUGCUGUUCUACCUUCAUACAGUUGCUCCAUCUGCUUCAUGGUUUUUGUUUUGCUUUUACUAGAUCAUUAAAUAUAACAAGUAUACACUUUGUUUUCAUUCAUGUAAUAUGGGCAAAGACGUCUAGAGACUUGCAACUGCAGUGAUUUCGGUUAAGUUUUAUUUUAAACAUUAAUUAUUUAUGUAUGAAUUUUGAGGCACCUGAAGUCAGGUGUUUUGCGUAUGUUUUAUUAAAUAGAUGAAGAAUUAAACAGUUGUUAAAAUA